AUGGCGUCGUCCGACCACAUGAUGAGCGUUGACCCCUGGACCUUCACCCGUCCCGGCUUCAUCGACCCCUGGUUCACCGAGGCCUACUCCCGCGACACCGAGACCCUCACCAAGGCCCUCCAGAAUUCCUUCGCCGCCGCCACGGCCGCCACGGCCGCCGCCACCACCACCACCUCUAACAACUCCAACAACUCCUCCGACACCCUCACCCCCGACGUCGUCUCCCCUUCCUCAAGCACAACUCCGAGCCCGCGCCUUCUACCCCCGCCGCCGCCGCCGCCGCCGCCGCCGCUGCCCCCGCCUCGGCUCCCAUGGGAUGGUGCAGCAGGUGACCGGCGCCAGGUUCGUCGGCGCGGGCCUCCAGUUGCCGGCCCCGAUCCUAAGCCGGAGCCGCAGAGGCUCGGCGGCGGCCGCUUGGUCGCCUCUUCCGCGGCCGCUGCCGCCGCCGCCGCGAGCGGGUGCUUGCCUACGCUCGACACGUCGGCGUUCUUGCUGGACCACCACGCCAUGACCCACCGCAACCAGCAGCAGCAGCAGCAGCAGGAGCAGGAGCAGCAGGAGAUGGCCGGCGCGGGCGGCGCGGCGAAGGAACAUCUGUCGUUCUUGGAGGCGGUCGGCGGCGCCGGCGCCGGCUCCGGCGGCUUCGAUUACGCGUCGUUCGCGGGGUUUCCCACUCUAGAGUCGUGGAGCGCCUAA